AUAUUAUAUAUAUAGAGAGAGAAAGAAUGGGGGGAGAGAGAGAAAAGAGACGUGGAUUGGCAUAUAAGCUGUGAAUGCCGAAUCCAACGCGUUUCAAUUUGGCUGAAGGAAAAUAAAAAAAAAAACAUAAUCAGAAAAGAGGGAAAACAAGAAUUGUAGUGAGUAAAAGAGCAAUGGCGGACUCCAGCGAUUCCGUCUCCGUCGAUAUGGAGUCCAUUUCUCUCGCCGGAAAGGAGCAUAUUGUGAAAACCGGUCAUGGAUGUGUCUCGGUUUCUGUUUUCGGUGACCAGGAAAAACCGGCUCUUAUUACUUAUCCUGAUUUAGCUUUAAACUAUAUGUCCUGUUUUCAAGGAUUAUUCUUUUGUCCAGAAGCAUUGUCUCUUCUUCUCCACAACUUCUGUAUCUACCAUAUCAGUCCUCCGGGUCAUGAGUUAGGAGCUCCUGUAGCUGACCCUGAUGAACCCUCAUUAUCUGUCGAUGAUUUAGCCGAUCAGAUUCCUGAAAUCCUCGACUAUUUUGGGCUUGGUGCAGUGAUGUGCCUGGGCGUAACAGCUGGAGCUUAUAUUAUUACACUCUUUGCUAUAAAGUACUCGCAGCGUGCUAUGGGUCUGAUUCUUGUUUCCCCUCUGUGCAAAGCACCAUCCUGGACAGAGUGGUUAUGUAACAAGAUGAUGUCAAAUUUGCUUUAUAUUUGUGGUAUGUGCGGUAUAGUGAAGGAGCUGAUGCUCAUGCGCUACUUCAGCAAGGAAGUUCGUGGCGGCGUUGAUGUACCAGAAUCAGAUAUUGUCCAAUCAUGCAGAAGAUUUUUGGGUGAGAGACAGAGCCCUAACGUGCUGCGGUAUCUUGAAGCUAUUAACGGGAGACCAGACAUAUCCGACAGCUUAAGAAAAUUGAAAUGUCGAUCCUUGAUAUUUGUCGGAGAAAACUCUCCAUUCCACUAUGAAUCUCUUCAUAUGACCUCAAAGCUAGAUCGCAGAUUUAGCGCCUUAGUUGAGGUUCAAGCAUGCGGGUCGAUGGUUACAGAAGAACAACCGGAUGCAAUGUUGAUACCGUUGGAAUAUUUCCUCAUGGGUUAUGGAUUCUUCAGGCCAUGUCAGUUCAAUGUCAGCCCAAGGAGUCCGUUGAGUCCGACUAGUAUUUCGCCGGAGCUUUUCUCACCGGAGAGCAUGGGAUUGAAGUUAAAACCGAUAAAAACAAGAAUCCAGGCUCAAGUGUGAGUAUGGCCUUUUUCAUAGUUUUUGUAGUAGAUAUAUAUUUAUGUGUGUGUGUAUGAAUGGAGGAGUUAUGCCAGUGGUUGAAAGAAAGUUACUGCAGGGUUGUAGAUAAAAGAUAAAAAAAGCACACAAAUAUAAUUUAGCAAAAUGGAAGAAGAUAAUAUACAGCAAAGGAGGGUUAUAUAUAUACAUAUAUAUAUAUACAUGCAUAUAUAUAUGUGUGUGUAUAUAUAAUUAUUGUUUUUGCCACUUGUAAUCUAGAGUGUUAGUUGAGACUAUAGCGUGUUGAUCUGUGUACAUCGUUUGGAUUUAUUUAUGCUGAUUAAACAGGAAAUAAUGAUAAUAAAUGGCGGGAGAAGUGUUUUAUUAUUUAA